UGGGAGGAGAGGAUGAGUAGACUGGGCUGUUACAGUCCCUGGAUAAGCAGGUUCUACCUCUUUUGUCUGCCAGGGUGUUUAUUCGAAAGCUUGAGAAGUUGUGGAUUAGAGUGUGUGUGUCGCUGGCAAGGACUACCUUCCUAGGGGGACCCCGGCACAGGGCCACAGGGGCGAGAGGCAAGAGCCGAGAGGUUGAGACAGGCGGAGAGGGAUGGAGCUUGGAGCAAUAACCUGACGGAGAUUCCAGCCAUCGCUGACAGGUUCCUGCACGUUCCUGUGAAACCAUCUGCUUCCUCCUGAGCCAUGCUGGGAGCUUCCAAUGUCUUCUAGCAGGGACGUACAAUGGUGCCCAUCUGGGCUUCUGCCUGACAUAGACAGGUCUAAAAACCAUGGAGACGUGUCAGCACUUCUGACUUCCAGCUGAGGCUGUACUACAACUCCCAUCAUCCUCUGGUUCAAAGGGAUCGUAGUUUAGCUGUUUUUUGGGUUUGCAGAGAGAGAAAAACCAGUUUCAUUGUUCAGCUCUGGGCCCCUGGUACAAGUGGACACAAUGGUGUUUCAGGCAAUGGGGAAGCUGCUGGGGUACAAGCACCGGACCAAGUCCAUAAAUAAGGACAAAAGGGAGAAGAAGGGCAUAGAGCCCGAGAAGAUAUACCUGGAACCUCGAUACACAGCAGCCCGCAUAGUGGAUGCCGAUAUCCUGAUGCUGGUAGCAUUGCCGAAAGGUCUAAAUGUGGAAGAGUGGCUUGCCAGCAAUGCCUCUGCCUUCUAUAACCACGUGAGCCUUUUCUACGGUGCCAUUUCCGAAUUCUGCACAAUAUCGUCGUGUCCAACCAUGAAAGCCUGGUCCAUCCAAUACCAGUGGACGGAUGAGAAAGGACGAAAGAAGAAGUGUUCAGCCCCACAGUACGCAGACUACGCUGCCAGCAUCAUUCAGAAAAUCCUGACAGAUGAGGAUCUGGUUCCGACAAAGCACUGUAAAGAAUUCCCAAAGACAUUCCGGCCAUCAAUACAAAAGACUUUCCGGCUUCUUUUCCACCUUCUGGGGCACAUCUACACGAGCCAUUAUAAAACGGUGGUCAACCUGGAGUUGCACCCACACCUGAACACCCUGUACUUACAUCUCCUUCUCUUCUGUGCCGAGUUCCAACUGCUCGAUUCCAAAGAGAUGUCGCUGAGCGAAGACCUGACCACCGCACUUAUUCGCUCCAGUCCUACGCCGAAGACUACAGGAAGCCAUUUGCGGAACACCUGAAACACGCCAGCAAUGAAUCUUUAUACAUAUAUAUAUUUUUUCCUACUGCCACACGGACACGCUUUACGCCACAUGCAUAGCAAAGAACAAUAGUACAUAUCCAUAUAUAGAGUGGCACGCUUUCUUUUUGCCAAAAUGGGCUUAGCAGCGGAUUGGCUGGAAAGCUUUCCAGGAGAACAAAUGAAUAUGGAAACCAAUAUGGUGCUGUUGUUCUCAGACAGUCAAGGAGACUAGUGUUGAUGCUAUAUAAUCAGAACACUGCAUGUCACCUGUCCCGGGGCGGCCAUAACCGCGCCACCCGCAGGAGAGAUAGGGAAUGACUAUCGUAGCUGCACAAAUGCCAUACUGUGGAACAGACAAUCAAUAACCAUUGGGACUCAAUGUUUUUAACUAUCACAAAGGUCAGAAAUUCCAAAUGAGAAGAAUAUCAUGCUUUUUUUUUAAUCUGUAUUCAUGGAUUAUAUCAUCGGACAAUGUUACAGUUGAGGUUUCUAUAUUUUGGGGGACUUGUUACUUUAAAAAAAAAAUGCACUUAACUUUUGUAAUUUAUUCAUUUAAGUAAAAAAAAUACAGAAAUCAAAAGAAAA